AUUCGUGAAGAAGUAUAAUGUUUGGUUAUGCUUAAAUUUUGAUUUAUGUAAAUAAUUUAUUGUAAUAUAUGUGAAUUCUGAUUUUAUUUAUUUAUUAUUAUCAUGGAGGUAGAAUUAUUAAGACCCGGAAGCAUCCCCAUUUCCCCAGAAACCAUUUUAUGGUUUGAAUUUUUAUUAGAUCCCGAUUUAUUACUAAAACAUUUAAAAAAGUUAUCAGCAGAUCCUCCACCUUCGGAGCUUAUAACAAAGUUCUAUGACGUUAUAUCAGAGACACUUAGAAAUAAUCCCGAUACAGAAAACGGGGAGAUACUUAAUGUAGAAACAAAUAUCACUAAAACGAAACCUCCAGCUAAAACAACUGCAUUAAAAAUUUUGUCUUUAAAAGUAGGAGCUUUCUUAAAAUGGAACUUAGUUCAAAUUAGGAAUCUCCCAUUUAAAACUCAAAUUAGUUUACUGCAAGAUUUAAUGUAUUUUACUAAUGACAAAAAGACUGUAGAAAUUCCAAAUGUUGAAGAAGAAGAUGUGAAAACAGCUUCCCCACCUUAUCUUUUUGCACUUUUAUUGUUCCACCGAUGGUUAUUAAGUACCUCAAUGCAUAGAAUCACUUCUAAUUGGCAAAUAAGAUACGGUAUAAACGAUAUAUCAAUGGCAGAUGAAUCAAUUAUCUGCUGUCCUGAAAACAUAAACAAAACUGUAAACUUUCUAACCGAAGCUCUAGAUUGGGAAAUAAUUCCUUCUCUCUUAACAUUCGAUUGCUUCAAGUUACCCACAGAAUCUAACGACUGCAUCGAAUUCGACUGGAGCAAAAGUGAAGAACUGAAAAAAAACGAAUUUUGUACCCAAAUAAACUACGAUUUGGGCGUAUUUUUCUUUUAUAGGGAACAAUAUGAUUUGGCAAAAAAACAUUUCUCUGAAUGUUUGAAUUUGUUCGCCGAUAUACCUAAAAUUAACGGUUUUUAUGAUGUUGAUAAGCAAAUGAUUGAUGUUUAUAUCAAGGCUUGUCACGGAUCCGCCGAUAUUCAAAAAGGAAACUUAUUAGAACAGCUAAAUUCUUCAAUAGUCAAUCAAUAUAUGGGAAUAACGAAUAUCCUUCAACAAGAUAAUGUUAAGAAAGAAAUACCGUUGAUGCAUAGAAUCAAUUUGGAAUUAAAUAUACAGGGAGCUCUAUCCAGUGGAGUUUUUACUGUAGCUAGAGAUUUGAUUCAAAAAAUUAAAGCACUUAAUAUUAUUAGAUGCGUUUUGGAUAGGAAACCAUUGUAUCAAUAUACCUUAUCGUUGUUUAAAAAUACAGAUACCUUAUUAUGGGCCAUUCAGUGUACUUGGAAAUCAUUUUCUUUUGCCGAUAAACAGGCUAUAAAAAUGUUUCUUCUCGAGGAGAUCAUUAAAGGAGAUAUACCGGAUUUAUUACCAAAAGUACAAUCGAAUAAAGAAAUAUCCGAAGUAUUCGACAAAUUCGAUUUAGCUUAUAUACAAAAUUCAGAAGUUAAUUUCGACAUACCAGAAAAUUUAAUCAAAUCCGAAGCACUGGAAACAAAUAAAAGAAGAAAACCGAAAUUGGAAAUGAGGCAAUUAGAAAAGCAAUUAAUUGUUACAAAUGAUCACGUUGAAAUAAAAGAAAUUUUAGUAAAAAUAGCAAUGAUGAAUUUAGGGAGUACUGUAUGGUCGAUAAACCCCCAAUGGGAACUACCGAUUCCUUUACAAAGCGUUAUAAAAUCUUUACCUAGGGGUUUCGUCCAGGAUUUUUCAUAUGUGAUUUUAGCUAAAUCGAAAGAACAAUUGUUGAGUAAAAACUUCAACUUAUCCUUGGAAUUUUUGGUAAUAUUAGAAAAAGAAUUGCAGGCUUCGAAAUGUAACGUUUCCAAAUUAUUCAAACUGGUCAGUUGGGAAAUUCUAUUAGUACAAAUCGCUCAAAUACUAGAUCAAUGGCCAGUUAAUUCAAUCGAUAAAGCCGCUUUAGCAGAUGCCUGCGAGGUUUGUCUACAGACCACCGAUUCAGUACUACCCCGAAGUGAAGUCGUGGAACAGUGCGUUAUCUGUUUACUAAAUUUAGGCCGUUGGGAAUUUUUAACGAAUCUGGAAAAAAAAUGGACCACCUUCGAAAUACCAUCUGCAGUAGCUUUGGCUUGCCAAGAAUUAACCAAACAAAAAUCUAUGAAGAAAUUAUCGAAAAAUCUAUGGGAUUUAGUUUUACCAAUGUUUGUGUCAACUUCGCAAUCAAAAAGGAACAAUUCCGGCUUCAAUGAUAAUUUCAAUGUUAAAACUAACGUUGUGGCGGUAUUUUUCAAAUUAAAGGAUACUUGGUGUUUGACUGCCGUUAUAUCUAUGUUAACGAAAAUGUUUAAUAUCAUAAAAGAUGAAAACGGUUUGGAAUUACAGACCGAAUAUUGUAAUUUGUGGCCUGCAACCGUAAGCAACUCUAGCUCUUAUAACGUAAUGGCAAUAAGUGAAAUUUUAAUGGAACUUGUUAUGCACGCCUUGAAACAUUAUCCAAAUAAUGUUGCUUGGUUGAGAUUAAUGGGUGAUAUUAAUUUUGCAAACGGUCACUACCAAGUUUCUUUAAACUACUAUUUGAAAUCUUUACUUAUAUUCCACGAUUACUUCAAUAUUCCAAUUAGAAAUGACGAUCACGUGUUUAGAAGAAUGAUAAAAUGUUGUAUGACACUUGGAGCGAAUACUCAAGCUGCCGUAUUAUGUCAAUUUUUGGAAGAGACCGAUUACAUGUUGGCAUUUAGGAUUUUAUCCGAACCUAAAACUUGCAACGACGCCGUAGACGCUUAUUACCACUGUUUUUGGGACACCAGUAUUUUGGAAUACCUGAUUUCAAUACAUAAUAAAAAAGGUGAAUUUCAGAGAAGGAAAAUCGCCAUUCAAGUUAUCGGUAUGCUGGAAUUGAAUUCGAAUAAUAACGAAGAGAUACAAAGGGAGGCUAGUAAUUUGAGGAAGAGUACGUUUUUAAGAGCUAUGUGUAAGCAAUAUGUGUUUUAAUUAAUAAAUAUUUUUAAGUUUAA